GCGCCGGUUGACAACAAGGACAGCAGCAGCUGCUCUCCUGACUGACAUGGCGGCUCCGGCGCUGCUCAGGGCUCUGAGGACCCUCCGUCCCCCGGCUCUGGCUGCAGCCUCCAUUAGGCUUCCUGCUCCAGACUCCGUCCUCCCGCCGGCCUCCGGUGCGCCGUGCCCGGUGUGGAGGACUGUCCCCGUCAGGACGCUGCUGCUGAGCUCCGCCUCCUGCGCAGGACACAACAAGUGGUCGAAGGUGAAGCACAUCAAGGGUCCCAAAGAUGAGGCGAGGGGCAAGAUGUUCAAUAAGUUCGGUAUGCUGAUAAAAAUGGCUGUGAAGGAAGGUGGAUCCAACCCAGACCUGAACCUCAACUUGGCCCACAUCCUGGAGCAGUGCCGGAGCAAGAACAUGCCCAAAGCUUCUGUAGAUGCUGCCAUCAAGAGUGCGGAAAAGGCCAAACCAGUGUCGCAGCACAUGUACGAGGCUCGGGGGCCCGGUGGGUGUCUGCUGCUCAUCGAGGUCCUGACUGACAACAACACACGCACCCAACAGGACGUCAGACGCCUGCUAACCAAGAAAGGAGGGAUGCUGUCAGACGGAGCCCGGCACAGCUUCAACAAGAGGGGCGUGGUGGUGGUGCCGGGUCAGGACGUCUCCACGGAGAGAGCUCUGGAGCUGGCCAUCGAGGCGGGAGCUGAAGACGUCCAAGAGACUGAGGAUGAGGAGGAGAAGCCUUUACUGCAGUUCAUUUGCGACAUGACGGAGCUGAAUAAGGUCCGGGCCUCGUUGAAGGAGCUGGGGAUGCAGAUUAUGUCUGCUGGCUUGGAGUAUGUUCCCCGUAACCACUCGUCUCUGGACGAGGAGCAGCUGGAUGCUGCUUCGACUCUAAUAGAAGCGCUCACUGACUUUCCAGAGGUAGUUCGAGUGUGGGACAACAUCGAGGCUCACAGCUGAGGCCAGUUUCUGGACCGGACACUUGGUGGACACGCACAUGUGGAAUAUUUGAUUUCACAGGCGAAGGAUUUGUUCGUCAGUGGGUGCUGAAACUACUUCAUCAGACAUUAUCAGUAUGAUAAUUCUAAGAGUGUUGGCUGUAUUGAUGCUGUCUACAGAGGUUUUGUAACCGCUGUCAACACCUCCCGUCAGGACCUCCCCACAGUUUCAAGAAGCUCUCACAAACAUGCUUCUUCUGAGUGAAAUAACGUCUGCGGCACAAACACAGUUUGUCAAGUCGGUCUUUAAAAGUUGUUUAAAAGGUGUUAAUAAUUCAAACAUUAUCAUUAAAACAACACUGAAAAUGUUCUAUCAAAGUGAAACUACAGCUUGAGGAAAGAAACAGCGGUUAUGUGCUAAUAAAGAGCAACUGAAAAUAACAUGACAGACAUAUAAAAUACUCGGCUUUGAGUGGUA